UCCCGCUGACGACAAGACAAGGGGCAGGAAAGAGAGGGCACCCGAGCUGCCCCUCCAAAAUGGGAGGUCGGUUCCUGCUGACGGUCGCCCUCCUCUCAGUGCUGCUGAGCCGCUGCCAGGUCGGCUGCUCCGGGGUCUUCGAGCUGAAACUACAGGAGUUUGUCAAUAAGAAGGGGGUGCUCAGCAACCGCAAUUGCUGCCGCGGGGGCGGCCCCGGAGGCGGGGGACUACAGCAAUGCGACUGCAAGACCUUCUUCCGAGUCUGCCUCAAGCACUACCAGGCCAGCGUCUCCCCCGAGCCGCCCUGCACCUACGGCAGCGCCAUCACCCCUGUCCUCGGGGCCAACUCCUUCAGCGUCCCCGACGGCGCGGGUGGUGCCGACCCCGCCUUCAGCAACCCCAUCCGCUUCCCCUUCGGCUUCACCUGGCCCGGCACCUUCUCGCUCAUCAUUGAGGCUCUGCAUACAGAUUCUCCUGACGACCUCACCACAGAAAACCCCGAGCGCCUCAUCAGCCGCCUGGCCACCCAGAGGCACUUGGCUGUGGGGGAAGAGUGGUCCCAGGACCUGCACAGCAGCGGCCGCACGGACCUCAAGUAUUCCUAUCGCUUCGUCUGUGAUGAGCACUACUAUGGAGAAGGCUGUUCCGUCUUCUGCCGCCCCCGGGACGAUGCCUUUGGCCACUUCACUUGUGGAGAACGUGGAGAGAAAGUUUGCAACCCAGGCUGGAAAGGGCAGUACUGCACUGAGCCAAUCUGUUUGCCCGGAUGUGAUGAGCAACACGGCUUUUGUGACAAACCUGGGGAAUGCAAGUGCAGAGUGGGUUGGCAGGGCCGAUAUUGUGAUGAGUGCAUCCGAUACCCAGGCUGCCUUCAUGGUACCUGUCAGCAGCCAUGGCAGUGCAACUGCCAGGAAGGUUGGGGUGGCCUUUUCUGCAACCAGGACCUGAACUACUGCACCCACCACAAGCCCUGCAAGAAUGGUGCCACAUGCACCAACACUGGCCAGGGGAGCUACACUUGUUCCUGCCGACCCGGGUACACAGGCUCCAACUGUGAGAUUGAAAUCAACGAAUGUGAUGCCAACCCUUGCAAGAAUGGUGGAAGCUGCACUGAUCUGGAGAACAGCUACUCCUGUACCUGUCCCCCGGGCUUUUAUGGGAAAAACUGUGAGCUGAGUGCCAUGACUUGUGCUGAUGGGCCUUGCUUCAAUGGUGGGAGAUGCACUGACAACCCUGAUGGGGGCUACAGCUGCCGCUGCCCCCUGGGCUAUUCCGGGUUCAACUGCGAGAAGAAAAUCGAUUAUUGCAGCUCCAGCCCUUGUGCAAAUGGAGCCCAAUGUGUCGACCUGGGGAACUCCUACAUCUGCCAGUGCCAGGCCGGCUUCACCGGGAGACACUGCGACGACAACGUGGACGACUGUGCCUCCUUCCCCUGUGUCAAUGGAGGGACCUGCCAGGAUGGGGUCAAUGACUACUCCUGCACCUGUCCCCCAGGAUACAACGGGAAGAACUGCAGCACCCCGGUCAGCAGAUGCGAGCACAACCCCUGCCACAACGGGGCCACCUGCCACGAGAGGAACAACCGCUACGUCUGCGAGUGUGCCCGGGGCUAUGGGGGGCUCAACUGCCAGUUCCUGCUCCCCGAGCCCCCCCAGGGACCUCUCAUCGUGGACUUCACUGAGAAGUACACGGAUGGGCAGAAUUCCCAGUUCCCCUGGAUCGCUGUCUGUGCCGGGAUCAUCCUGGUCCUCAUGCUGCUCCUGGGCUGCGCCGCUGUCGUCGUCUGCGUCCGGCUCCGGGUGCAGAAGAGGCACCCCCAGCCCGACGCCUGCAGGAGUGAGACUGAGACCAUGAACAACCUGGCCAACUGCCAGCGUGAGAAGGACAUUUCCAUAAGUGUCAUUGGGGCCACCCAGAUUAAAAACACCAACAAGAAAGUGGACUUUCACAGCGAUAACUCGGAUAAAAACGGCUACAAGGCCAGGUACCCAUCUGUGGAUUACAAUUUGGUGCACGAACUCAAGAACGAGGACUCUGUCAAAGAGGAGCAUGGCAAAUGUGAAGCCAAAUGUGAAACGUACGAUUCAGAGGCAGAAGAGAAAAGUGCAGGACAACUCAAGAGUGAUACUUCUGAAAGAAAACGACCUGAUUCAGUAUAUUCCACUUCAAAGGACACGAAGUACCAGUCGGUGUAUGUCAUAUCAGAAGAGAAAGAUGAGUGCAUCAUAGCAACUGAGGUGUAAACCAGAGGUGAUGUGGCAAGGUGGUUGUUGAGAAGAAUUCCAGAGGAGAGGUGCCCCA